AUGGUUGGCUACUGCAGCGUUUGGUUGGAAGGGAGACAAUCAACUACAAUUGGAAGAACCUUCCUGUCGCAGGCAUGUUCUGUGGCCACAACCACAAGGGAACGAGAGAAGAUGUACUCGGAUUUGUUGAGAGGAUAUGUGCAAGAUUCAGAUCUUGUGAGCGGAAGAGCGGCUCAUGCUAAAUUCAUCAAAGGAUGUAUUCCUUCAUCUCUUUUUCUUGAGAACCAUUUGGUCAACAUGUAUGUCAAAAUGGGAGACCUUCAUUCGGGUCUCAAGAUGUUUGAAGAAAUGCCACAAAGGAAUGUGGUGUCAUGGUCUGCUGUCAUGGCUGGUUGCGUCCAAAAUGGGUGUCCUUCGGAAACACUUUCUUUGUUCAGCCGAAUGCACCGUGAGGGACUCACAAAACCAAAUGAGUUCACAUUUGUUAGUGCUCUUCAUGCCUGCUCAUUGACUGAUUCUGACUCUGACUCUGAGAAUCUUCCUCCUCCUCCUCCUCAUCCUCAGGCUUUCCAGAUUUAUUCAUUAGUGGUGCGGUCGGGAUUUGAGUCUAAUAUCUUCUUACUCAAUGCUUUUUUGACAGCCUUAGUCAGGCAUGGUAAACUGGCCGAAGCCUUGCAUGUUUUUGAGAUAAGUCCUGCUGGCAAGGAUAUUGUGUCAUGGAAUACCAUGAUGGGGGGCUACUUGCAGUUUUCUUGUGACCAGAUUCCUGGAUUUUGGUGUUGCAUGAGCCGGAAGGGUAUAAAACCGGAUAACUUCUCAUUUUCCACCGCCCUCACUGGCUUGGCUGCUCUAUCUUAUCUCCAAAUGGGAAUGCAGGUACAUGCACACCUUGUCAAGAGUGGUUAUGGGGAUGAUAUUUGUGUAGGUAACUCUCUGGCUGAUAUGUAUAUCAAAAAUCAAAAGUUGGAGGAGGGUUUCAGAGCCUUUGACGAGAUGCCUAACAAAGAUGUGUGCUCUUGGUCCCAGAUGGCUGCCGGAUGUUUACUGUGUGGGGAACCAAGAAAGGCACUUACAGUCAUUGCACAUAUGAAGAUAAUGGGUGUAAAGCCAAAUAAAUUUACCUUGGCAACUGCCCUAAAUGCUUGUGCUAGUUUGGCUUCGCUGGAGGAAGGCAAACAAAUUCAUGGCUUGAGGAUCAAACUUGGAAGUGAGGUUGAUGCUUGUGUUGAUAAUGCUCUUCUUGAUAUGUAUGCAAAAUGUGGGUGCAUGGACAGUGCACGGAGUGUUUUUCAUUCAAUGAAUUCCCGCUCUGUCAUCUCAUGGACAACAAUGAUAAUGGCAUGUGCACAGAAUGGCAAAUCCAGAGAAGCUCUUCAAAUUUUUGAUGAAAUGAGGGAGACAAGUACUGUAGUGCCAAAUUACAUCACCUUCAUUUGUAUCCUCUAUGCAUGUAGUCAAGCUAAGUUUGUGAAUGAAGGGUGGAAAUAUUUUUCCUCAAUGACUAAAGAAUAUGGAAUCUUUCCUGGUGAAGAUCACUACGCUUGUAUGGUGAAUAUCCUAGGCCGCGCUGGACUUAUUAAAGAAGCUGUGGAAUUAAUCCUAAGAAUGCCAUUUCAGCCAGGUGUGCUUGUUUGGCAAACAUUGCUCAGUGCUUGUCAGGUUCACGGGGAUGUGGAGACUGGGAAACUUGCAGCAGAACAAGCCAUGCUUCAGGACAAAAAAGACCCAUCAACUUAUUUAUUAUUGUCUAACAUGUUGGCUGAGUUGAGCAAUUGGAAUGGCGUGGUGAUUCUGAGAGAACUUAUGGAGAAAAGGAAUGUGAAAAAAGUACCAGGAUCCAGCUGGAUUGAAAUCGAAAAGAUUUAA